ACCUCCAAAAUAAAUAACACAAAUUGCCACUUCUUAAGUUUAACACUCCGGCCAGUGGCCACCAUCUCCACCGUUAACCACCGUCAUGACCACCAUCACCCACCUCCCAUUACUACUUUUCUUCACACUAACCCUCUCAAUUCAUGCUAAAAUCCACCUCAACACAGGCGACCACCAUGCCCUCUUAACAAUUCUCAAACAUUUAGGUGUCUUCGGCGACCUCCGGCCACCGGAAAACCCCUGUUCCAUCACUGGAAUAUCAUGCGAGCGAAGAACUUUAAAUGGGUCCGACACCCUUCGAGUGACCAGAAUUGUGUUCGAAACUCGACGGCUGACCGGAUUUUUAUCUCCGGCGAUCGGGCAGUUAUCCAAACUUAAAGAAUUGUCAUUGAAUGAUAAUUAUUUAAAUGAUCGUAUCCCGCCGGAACUUGGCAAUUGCCGGAAAAUUGAAAUUAUUAAUUUUGGUAACAAUAAAUUUUCCGGCGAAGUUCCGGCGGAGGUAUCUUAUCUCCUCCGGCUCCGGAUAUUGGAUCUUUCUUCCAAUGAAUUCACCGGAGAAUUGGGUUUCUUAAAGCAUUUUCCGAACCUUGAGAAACUCGCGCUCGAGAACAACAUGUUCACCGGAAAAGUACCCGUUUCGUUACGUUUGUUUCGAAAUCUCCGGUUGUUCAACAUCUCCGGCAAUAGUUUGUUGGAAGGCGAGUUGCCGGAGUUAAACCGGUUGGAGUCUCCGGUGAUAGAGUCGAAGAAAUCAAAGUACAAACGUGUCCCGAAACGUUAUGUAUUUGCCGAAUCAACGAAUCCGAAUGGAAACAAUGAUUCGGGUCCGGGUAAAACCGAAGCUCCGGCUCCCGCACCGGUGGAAGCCCCGAGUAAAAAACAUAAAAAGAGGAACAGAAAAAAGAUCAUGGGUUGGGUUCUAGGUUUUUUUGCCGGUUCAUUUGCUGGAAUUCUUUCCAUAAUAAUUUUCUCCGUGUUGAUAAAAUUGUUUUUAAUUGCGGUUAAAUAUGGAGGGAACCAAUCGGGUCCCACCAUUUUUAGCCCGUCAAUUAAGGCGGAGGAACUUAAGUUCCUUGAGGAUGACAACGAGGUUGCCGCACUUCAAGUCAUUGGAAGAGGGGGGUGUGGACUCGUAUACAAAACCGACAUCCCAAAUGAAAAGAUCAAAACAAUCGCGAUUAAAAUGAUCAUACAACCUCCAAAAGACGCGGGAGAGCUCACUGCAGAAGACACGAAAAUGCUCAACAAAAAGAUGCGUCAGAUCCGAUCAGAAAUCCAAACCGUUGGUCAAAUCCGCCAUCGGAACCUCUUAGCCUUACUUGCCCACGUUUCAAGACCGACUUGUCAUUACCUCGUAUAUGAAUUCAUGAAAAAUGGAAGCUUACAAGACAUUUUAGAACAAGUUAAAUCUGGCACGCGAGAACUAGAGUGGCUUGUGAGACACAAUAUUGCAAUUGGGGUCGCAUCUGGGCUCGAGUAUCUUCACAUGAGCCACACUCCACGUAUAGUCCAUCGAGACUUAAAGCCCGCUAACAUACUCCUUGAUGAUGACAUGGAGGCCCGAAUAGCAGAUUUCGGGCUCGCCAAAUCCAUCCCCGGAGGUGACACGCACAUGACAAGUUCCAAUGUUGCGGGCACUUUAGGGUACAUUGCACCCGAAUAUCAUCAAACCCUGAAGUUUACCGAUAAAUGUGACAUUUAUAGUUUUGGUGUGUUACUAGGAGUAUUGGUCAUGGGAAAACUGCCGUCGGAUGAGUUUUUUCAACACACGAGCGAAGUGAAUCUAGUGAAAUGGAUGAGAAAGGUGAUGACAUCGGAUAAUCCGAAAGAAGCAAUUGAUCAAAGUCUUUUGGGAAACGGCUAUGAGACGCAAAUGCUUCUUGUUCUUAAGAUUGCGUGUUUUUGUACACUAGAUGAUCCGAAAGAGAGACCUAAUAGUAAAGAUUGUAGAUGCAUGUUGGCUCAAAUCGAGCAUUGAUAAAUGUACAAUAAUUAAGCAUGUUUGUAAUUUGGUUCUAUAAGUUGUGUACUACACUACUAUGUGGGUAUUUGGAUAAUGUGAGCGUUUCAUUUUAUGAUUU